AUGCAUCUGUUGAAUGAUAAUAAUAGCAUUAUUUCCUUCACUUAUUAUUAUACAAUAGUAAAUUUGCUUCUGGAAAUGAUUCAGGAUGCUUUAAUAAUUUCACUUGCAGUGGAAAGAAAUCGUUGUGGUAAUAUUCAUUAUUCAAGCGAGUGGCCAAAAUACGGGCGAUUGCCGGUUACUUCGUCACAAAAUGAUCAAUGCCAAUCACGUUCAAUUGUAACUUGUCUCGCCCGUAAACAUUGUUCAAUUCCAGAAUCCUCAAAUUUUGAUUCAGCAGCAUCCAUUAUCGAGUGGCAUUUGCAGGAACGAAGGCCUAUUAUUGGCGCCAAUUGUUUAAAACAUAGGAAUUAUUAUACAACCAUGUCGUCACAGCAACCUUUAACACCACAGGUAAUUGUUGACAGAACUUGGGCCGCAAACGGUGUCAUACCAAUGGCUAGCAGUGGUGCAUCAUAUACGGGACCGCCAAUGAAGCCGAUAAAUACCUCAUUAAAGACACCUGCAUCAUUAGAUGCAAUAACAUCCUAUCAGGAAGAAGAAGGAAUCGAUUGCUCACCUUGUUGCAAAAAUGAUAUCCUCAGGCGAACAUUCCGAAACAUUGUUUAUGGACAAAUUCUAUCACUGUGCUUAUGCGGUACAGGUGUUAGUAGUCAACUACUCAGUAACAGAGGAGUGAAUACUCCCACAGCUCAGAGUUUUCUUAACUAUUUCCUCUUAUCAUUUAUUUAUGGAACAAUGCUGGUAUUCCGAAAGGGAGAGAAUGCAUUUUUACCAGUGCUUAGAAAACGUGGAUGGCGCUAUUUGCUAUUGGCUGUUAUAGAUGUUGAAGCUAACUAUAUCAUUGUUUACGCUUAUCAAUUUACUAAUUUAACUAGUAUACAGCUGCUGGAUUGCUCAACAAUACCGAUGGUAUUAUUAUUAUCAUGGUUAUUUCUUUCCACCCGCUACCUCCUAACACAUAUAAUCGGUGUUGGAAUAUGUCUUGUCGGAAUUGCUGUUCUUAUUUGGGCUGAUGCACUGGAGGGGAAAGAUGUUUCUGGAAGUUCUAAUCGAGUAUUAGGUGAUGUAUUGUGUUUAACUGGUUCAGUUCUAUACUCAGUCGGUAAUGUUGGUGAAGAAUUUUUAGUAAAGCAAAAUAGUCGGGUCGAAUAUCUUGGCAUGGUCGGCUUGUUCGGUUCAAUUAUUUCGGGGAUACAGCUUGCUGCUUUGGAGCAUCGUGAUUUAGCAUCAAUCAGUUGGUCAGGAACGAUCGUAUUAUAUUAUCUUUUAUUUGCUAUCUGUAUGUUUCUAUUCUAUUCAUUGGUUAGCGUGGUAAUACAGAAAGCUUCCGCUCUUAUGUUCAACUUAUCAAUACUUACUUCCGACUUUUAUACUCUUGUUUUUGGCUUAUUCUUGUUUAAGUAUGAAUUUCACCCGUUAUAUUUCGUGUCGUUUACCCUAGUACUUAUCGGUUCAUUAAUAUAUUCGAUCCGAAAAACGGAAAGGCGAGAUUCGGAUAAACCACACAAUAUAUGUUCCUUGUUAUGUCAUUGUUGUAUAGAUGGUAAUAACCAGUUAGAUGGUAAUAACCAGUCAUCAGCCAUUCCUCAACAGUUUUUUGAUCAGAUAUCGUCGACACAAACUGGAAGCGGAAUCGGGAUAACGAAUAACGCUGUGGUAUAUCGUAUGACAACUGCACAUCCGAUAGCUACAAAUAUCAGACAUUGUCCAGUACAUGGUCAACAAGUACCAUUUUUACAACAGCAGCAUUCAGCUAAUACAAUGGAAACACAUGCAUAA